GUGCGCUCGGCGGCGGCAGCGACUAGACGUGCACCACCCCUCGCAACGGCCAUUCGGCACCGUUCGGAAGUGUCCGGCGUCGGCGUCGCGACGCGUUUCUCCCACCGACCAACGACGUCCAUCACUUUUCGACCAUCAUCAUCAACAAUAACAACAACAACAAAAACAACAACAACAACAACAACAAAACGAGGAGACUUUCAACUAGAACCAUCCGCCAUGCUUCUUAUAAGCAGCUGGUUGAGGCAAUGCCACCAUCAUCAUCAUCCAGAUGCAGCAGAAGCGACUGCGGCAAGGCCUGGGUCGGAUCCCUCAAUCCGCUUUGAUGAAUUUUAUGCGAUGCUCCCCGACGUAUUAGAUCGUCGUUCCGCGGAUUUUAAUGGCAUGUGGGAAAUUAAACCACAUAAACAUCAUAGGAACUUAUAUUCUCUCUCUCUACUCCCGGAUCCAAUCUUCGAGGCGCACAUAUAUAGGUAUAGAGAUAGAUGGAUAGAUGUGUUCUCUCCCCCACGACGAAACCCAUCGCCCUUCGGAACCUGCGACGUCAAUCGCACACUAAAACCCUAUCUACACUACAUUAAUUAUUAUUAAUUAUUCUUCAGACCCUUCCACCACUAUUUUUACCUAUUUUUAUUUCUACCCUAACA